GAGCAAACUCAGAGUGGGUUAAAUAAAAUAAAAAUAUUUUUCUGGAAAAAGUAACUUUUCAGGUUUACAUAAUCAGUUUCAUUUACAAAUACUGAACAUCUAAACAUUAGACCAAACUGGAAAAUGUUGCAGUUAUCUAACCACCCAGAGUGUGGUUUGCAUUUUCCUUCCAAAGAGGAAGAAAUUGUGAAUGAAGAGGAACUGGUCUCAGGCUUUGGGAUCCAUUCUUUCUGUUGGUUUUCCCAUUGAUAGAAAUGGUGAUAGGCAGUUGUAGCCUGAAACCGCCCCUGAAACGUGUCUAGUUCACAUACAGACCAAUAGUGAGUCAAGUAUAGAAGCAAAAUAUCCAAUUGUAAAUAAAUAAGAUGUACUGUUUGCAUUAUGAGACACUUUCAGGAGACACUUUUGCAGCUUUUUAAAAGCUUCCUCAUUUUAUUCACAGUCAUUUACAUGUUUUUUUUACUGUGAUAUAUGACGCUUAUAUGCACAGGUUUCCUUCAGUUGGAUUCUUUUUAUUGUCACACAAAUGACUGUGUAUUUUCUGCAGUUCAUUUUCACAGAAACCCGGUAAGAAGUGAAGGUAGGAAACAUUAUGGUUGUAAUUACCUCAAACACCAGACGUAGCUACUGUGUCUGUACAGUGCUGUUACAAAAAAGUUGUUUGUGUUUUGAGUGUAUGUUGUUGGUCAUCAAGCUUGAUGUGUCUGCUUCUGUCCUGUACUCUGCUUUCACUUGAUAUUACAGUAGUUUACAGUGUUUGUACUAUUUAUUUUAAUUAAAUCAUUGCCUUCAUAGAUAUUACCACCAAUUCUGCUUUAAAAAAGCAUUUUAGCAACGAAUGACCUGGUGUUUGCACUGGUGGUUGGUUCAGUUUUUGAUAUGUCAUGCAAUGACCUGUAACGCUGAUGCUGAAGAAAUUUCGGCAGAUCCUCGACAUUGUAUGGAAGAUGUAAGCACAAAUUUGACUAAAGGAGACUUUCAAAAUUUUAUCAAAGUCAUUGACAGCCUGCAAAAAGGACUAGAGAAUACAAAUGUGAUGGGCACUACAUCCAUGUCUGCUGGUAAUUUGGUUGCUCUUCUUAACAAAGCCAACCCCUCCACAAGCCUCAAAAUUCACGCCAAUAAUAAUGAGGCAAAGCUAGAGGCUGUCUCCAACAGCAAAGUGAUUGUUCAGUUGCCAAAAGGUUUGGGUGCUGGACCAACCAACACAGUUGUGUUCUGCAUGGUCAUCUUGAAUGAACAAAAUAGGCUCACGUGGGGAGGCCCAGGUUUGAUAUAUGAUGGCAGACUGGUCGGCCUGAGUGUGAGUGGGACGCCUGUCUCAGGACUACAGGAAUGUGUGAACAUCACUAUAAACAUGACCACAACCAUAAAUGAGACCCAGGAACCCAUGUGUGUGUUCCUCAAUUUUACCACUAAGAACUAUAGUAGUGAAGGCUGCCAAACCCUGUGGGAACGUGAUCAGACCUACAUCACCUGUUCCUGUGACCACCUCACGUACUUCACCGUUCUCAUAGUGAAUUCUUCUCCUUCACCAAGUAACCAGAAGAUUCUGUCAUACAUCACACUGAUUGGUUGCAGUCUUUCCCUCUUUGGCUUAAGUAUCGCGGUUUUGCUUUUCAUCACACAUAAGAAAUUCAGAGCCGAUGUUUCCAUGAAGGUUCACAUCAGCCUUGUGUUCGCGCUGAUUCUCCUCAACGUCCACUUUCUCCCCAGUGAGAUGGUGGCAGCACUCUCCUCCAAUAGUCUCUGCGUUUACAUGGCUCUUGCUCUUCACUACUCUCUUCUGGCCACCUUCAGCUGGAUGGCCUUAGAGGGGUUCCACCUUUACCUUCUCUUAGUGAGAGUAUUCAAUAUCUACAUCCGGAGAUACCUGCUCAAACUCAGUGUGGUGGGAUGGGGUGUUCCUGCUGUCAUUGUGUCCCUGGUGGUCAUAAUAGACCAAACAGCGUAUGGUUAUACCCCUGUGGACUCAUCUAACCCAAACGGCACCGCAAUAUGCUAUGUAACCAAUACCACAGCGAUGAUGGUGACUACAAUGGGAAUGAUUUGCUUGGUGUUCCUCUUUAAUGUGAUCAUGUUGGGGGUGACAGUUCGACGUUUGAUAAGUCUGAGACAAGGCCAAGAGACAAACCGUUCUAGUACCACAAAAGACAUCUUCACUCUGCUGGGAAUCAGCACUCUGCUCGGCAUCACAUGGGGUGUGGGCUUCUUCUCAGUAACCACUGCUGGUCAAUAUGUCUUCUGCAUCUUGAACUCUCUGCAAGGUUUCUUAAUCUUUCUGUGGUUUGUGAUGUCUUUAAGAAAAGCACAAAAAGCAGCUGCUGAAAUAAGAAAUGACACACAAACCACCAGUGGACCUAAAAGCAAGUAACACAUCAGGUGGAUGACUGCAAUUAUUAGUAAAAAAUCUAAAUGUUAGCUUGUCUUUAUUAUUACUGUGCAUUAUAAGAAGAAACAGUAAUGCAAAGAAUUUAUUAUUUGUAAAACAUUCUCAGUUAUGUAUAUUUCUGUUGGUCAGUUGCAUUGAUAAAUGCUGACAUUUUGUUGUACAUUUGCAACAAUUAAAGUAUUUCCGUGGUUAUUUUAUGUUCUACUCCUGUUCAUAUAUACACACCAUGAACUACAAUCUACUACUACAAACU